UGCAGUCAUGGCUGCGGAUGGAAUUGAUGAGCGUUCUCCACUUAUUUCUCCAAAUUCUGGCAAUGCGACCCCCACAGCUCCUCCGUAUCUCCAAGAGAGCAACCUGCGCGCUGAAUUGCCGCCUCCGUAUACAGCUAUUGCCAGCCCAGAUGCCAGUGGAGUUCCUGUUAUUAAUUGCCGUGUGUGCCAGUCUCUUAUUAAUUUGGAUGGCAAGCUUCAUCAGCAUGUUGUGAAGUGCACAAUCUGCAAUGAAGCUACGCCAAUCAAAACUCCGCCUUCAGGGAAGAAAUAUGUCAGGUGCCCUUGUAACUGCCUUUUAAUAUGCAAGGAUACAUCACGGCGAAUAGGAUGUCCAAGACCAAACUGCAGACGUAUCAUCAAUCUUGGUCCUGUUCUGCUAAUUCCAGAGGAACAGCCAGCACAGCCAGCACUUCCAGUUCAACCAGAAGGUACCAGAGUACUGUGUGGUCACUGUGGGAAUACAUUUUUGUGGAUGGAAUUAAGGUUCAACACAUUGGCAAAGUGCCCACACUGCAAAAAAAUAUCCUCAGUUGGAAGUGCGUUGCCACGUAGACGCUGCUGCGCAUAUAUUACAAUGGGAAUGAUAUGCAUCUUUAUUGGAGUUGGCCUUACUGUUGGAACUCAAGAUUUUGCCCGUCGCUUCCAUGCCACAUACGUAUCCUGGGCAGUUGCCUAUCUUUUAGGUUUGGGUUGUCUUAUUCGUGCUUGUUACUGGGGAGCCAUAAAAGUUAGUUAUCCAGAGCACAGUUUUGCAUAGACUUGUUUAUAAUGAUAUAACAGGUUAUAAAAUCUAGUAAUUCUGGAUAUGAGUAGAGCUUUUUUUUUAGACCCUACGUGGCUGGGUGCACAUCAAAGCACUCUAGCUAUGAAGAACGUCAACCUCAUAAGGAUCCCUAUCCAGUUACAGUAGGUGUGAGACUGGGAAAUGAACAUUCAUAUAAAUCAGUCUUACAUGAGCAACAACCCAUUGCACUACAUUAUAUGCAAAUAGUUUUGUUUUUGCUGCUAGUUUUUUUCAGAAUCUGAAUAUUUAAGGUAUUGUUACAUGUUCAGACAUGUUCCAUGUAUUGUUCUUAUGUGUUAUUUUAAAUUCCUGUUUUUCUAUUUUAUUUUACACCUGUGCCAUUCUGCCGGUGUCAUCUAACUGAGCAAAACAAGUAUUCAUAUUUAUGAGUGUUUAUACAGUGGCUUGAAACUUGCAUUUAAAAUAGUUACCUAAAAAUAUUGUAGUGGCUUCUGUUAAAGCUCUAUUAAAUUUACCUGAUUAGUUUUAAAUGCAAUAUUAAAACUCAGCCACCACUGAGUAGUAUUAUCUCAAACAUUGAAACAAAACGUUUUUAUUUCCAGACAUUGUUUUUACUUUGUGCUAUUCUGAAAGAUGUAUUCAGACUCCAAAUCACAAAAAUAUUCAUCUUUUCUUUAUUUUGAGCCAUGAACUUGUACAUCGUCUUUUUCAUAAUUCAGAGUUGCAGAAUAAAUGUAAAUGCACCUUUUAAAUGUAUGUUUGACAUCCAUUAAUCUCUAAUGCACCUGCAUCUCUUGGCUAAGAGCAUUAAUAUGUUUGUUAGGAAGUAUAAUUAAGUGUACUUUUUAUGAAGGAACAACUUUGGAUAUAAUUACAUUUCACAAUUUAACAUUCAGGUAAAUAACUUCUAUAAAUGCUGUAUUCAGAGUGAAGGGAGGAGGGAAAGCUCAAUAAUAUUGUCCACACCAGAAAAUAAAUGUAAUGGUACUAGAUAAAGACUGCAGUAGUAAGCAGUUUCUUUUUAGCCUCAUUGCUAUAGGGAUCAGUUAUCUCGAAAUAACUAUGCUUACUCAUGGAUCGUAAUUAUUAUUUUUUUCUACUUCUAUUAAAAGCCAUCAUUUUCAUUUGUAUGCAAUAUACCAGUUAAAAUUUAUACUGCAUUCGAAUGAGGGUUUUUUGGGGAAGUGUAUUUUAUGUCAUUUUCUGUACUAAUCUAGAGGUUUUUGAAUGGGAUAUGAGAAGAUUCUUUUUACUGUUACUUAUAUAAAAUGGGGGGAGGGGCAUACAAAUUCUGGCAGAAACCAAGGAUGAAUUUAUUCACACCUGUUCUUUUUACUUUAUUAACUGUGCUGUACAAUAAAAUAUUAUAUUUUAUAAUAUGUUGAAUAAUGUGAUUUCCCUGAUCAGAAAACAUUCAGUGAAUGUAUUUCCAGCUUUGUCUAUUGCUUCUGUACAUGAUCUCUAUAUACAAAUCCCUGGUGAUUUUGGAUAAUUGGUUUACUUUACAGAAAACAUUCUGAAUGCCAGAGCACAAUAAUUGUAUUCCUUAAGUUACAUUACCUGUUUGUACGUUGCUGUUAGCCUGUUCAGGAUUCUUCUGUAACUUUUAAAAGUACUAAUAAAGAUUAUUAUACAUA